AGUUGUCUGCCCUUUGCUUCUAAAUGCAGCCGUAUUUCCUUCUUCAACUCAACGAAAAUGAAAAUGUUUGUUGGAUAUUAGGGAUAGUUCAAUCCUCCUGGGAUUUUUUAAUUUUAACUAUAGUUAACAAAGGCAUUAACAAAAUGCCUUUUGGUAUUAAGCCUGUUUGUACCUCAUGUAAAAUCACAAUUUCUCCUAUUUGGAGAAAAGGUCCGCAGGGUGAAGUGCUUUGUAAUUCCUGCGGACUAAAACAGUUGAAUGGAUAUUCUUUGGGCACUAACGCCCCAACUAAAAUCGAAGGCAGUGCAAACGGAUUAACGAAUGGUGGUACUAAAAGUGGUGGCUCUACAGUGGGGUCUUCUGUUUCUGGAAAUGGAGCACCAGCGUUACGUAAGAGCACUAGAAUAAAGCCAACAAAGAAAACAACACAGUCAACAAAUAAAAAUUUAUCUACAAAGGGCAAAGGACGCAGAAUAACUUUUAAGAAAAACGUUAGUAUUUUGUUUAAAAAAUUGUUGUUUGUUAACCUCUUUAUUUUUGGGCCAUCCACAUGUCAUAUACCCCCACCCCACACAGUUGCAUACCAUUAGCCAUGGGCGCCCGCAGAAAACUUUCUGGGGGGGGGGGCAAAAAAAUCGAUUAACUUUCAAGGGGGGGGAGCAAAAAAUUUUUAGUAAUGUUUUAAUGUAGUUUUAAUUUACUGUAGCGUAUUUGUAUGGAGAACGAACGGACAGGACAUCAGCUUAGUUACUUUCUCUUUAUUUUCUCUUUACUUUAAUACAUUUUUUGUCUAUCUUUGUCUAAAAAAUUUUUAUCCAAUCAAUCAAGGGGGGGGGGGGCAAGUGCCCCUACCUGCGGGCGCCCAUGCCAUUAGCCCGGUGACCAGAAAUAUGCGCACAAGACAAAUGCGCACGCGAUAAACGCGCACAAAAAAAUCCGCAAAUACAUAGUUGCGCACAGAAAAACUGCGCGCAAAGAAAAGACCGCACACCCACAAAUGCUGACACAGAAAAUUCCGCACAUGGACAAUUGUGAACGUUGACAAUAGCAAACACACACAAAUGCGCACAUUUCAAUGAAAUUUUAUUUUCAGCCAUAUUUUUAGAUUUAACAUGGUUUAGUUCAGUUGCCUAUCAGCACAAAAGGCAAGUUGGGAAGAAUAAAAGUCAACGAAUCAGUGAGACAGUAUGAUAAAAAUUGAAUUUAAAAAUAAUUUAAACAAAAAAACUUAUAUAGCGAAAUUUUUGUAAACUUUUGUAAAUUUUUGUAUUAUCAUGCUAACAGGCUAAUUUACCAUAAAAAUUAAUCAUUAAUUAAUGUAAAUUAUUUUUAUGUUUAACUUUUUGAAACAAUAAAAUUAACAAUAAUAUUAUAAUAGGAACAAUAAUUGUUGUGUUUAAAAUUGUGUUUCUAGAUUUAAGUUUAUUAUGCAAAACUACUUUGUAUGAUAAUAAUAAUAAAAUAAAGAAAAUCCUAUUUAUAAAAAAAACAACUAUUGCUGCAACCAUAACAAAGCAUGUUAUUUCUUUCAAACAUCUUAAGGUCUCUCACAAAGUAAUAUUGAAUACACACUAUUUAUCCAAGUGUCAGUGUCAUGGCUUUUAAUUUUGUAGUAAGUGUAGCCCCCUAAAAUUAAUGUAUAUCAUUUUAAAAUUAAUUGAAUGCUCCUUAAUUAACAUUUGUUUCUAAAUAUAUAAAUAAAUUUAAAGUGAUUUAUUUUAAAACAAAUAAGCGUGUCAAUUUAAAAAGAUAAAUUGCAUGUGAAUAUUAUGAUAUUAAAGUGAGAUUUUUCUACCACAUACCAGUAUACAAGAUUGCAACACAUUAUAAUUUCAAGUGAAUAAUUCUGUAAACUUUGUUUUAAAAAGUUACAAGUAAUUUAGACAAGAUUUUAAAUAAAAUGCUAACCCUCAAAAAUUAAAAAUAUCAAACUAUUGUAAAUAAUUAUUUUUUUUUUUUAAUUUCAAAGGAAAACAUUUAAACAAUUAUCACAUAAAAUUCAUAUUAAGUACUUUGUGCUAGAUUAAAAUUGAGUAGACAAAGCAAAAACAAUGUUUCUUUAAAUAAAAGAAAAAAUUUAACCAAGCCAGAGGUGUGAAACCAACUGUAGAUGAUGUCAUGGUCAUUCAUUGAAAAUCUUGAGGAAAAUAAUGCUAACUAGUUUUUUUCCAUUACAAAUUGAUUUUCAAGACCACAAUUUUAUAACAUUAGUGCCUACCAUUUUCAAGACCACAGUUUUAUAACAUUGGUACCUACUAUUUUCAAGACCAUAAUCACAUGGCAUUAGUACCAUUAUCAAGACCACAAUCAUAUAGCAUUUUAAUUAGUGCAUACCCUUUGCAGAAAACCAAAAGUGUAUUGGGUCCUAUCCUGCAUUUAUUCAUUUGUGUAAUAAAAAUAUAGUCAAUGAAUCAAAUCCAUUGGGAUUCGAAAUUUCCUUAAAUCGUCUCUUGUUUUAAGAACAGGAAACUGUCUGUCUUAACUCUGCUUGGUGGAAAUAACCUUCCAUUAUUUACACUCACAAUCAUAAUUAUACUAUUCAUAGACAUAGAUUAUGUUUAAAGACUUUGUAAAAAAAACUACAUUAGUUAAUCCCUGAGACAUUAACAAAGAAAUUUACAAUAAUAGAACAAUAUGCUAAUAAAUAGUAGGACUAAAUACAUUUCACUGAGAGAAAAAAAAAAUAAGGAAAACAGUUCAGUUCUUACAAUUACAAAAUAAAUUAUAGUAGAUAUAUCCAGGACUUCUGUUUGGGUAAUUUUAUGAUUGCUUUCCUGAGUUUACUAAAGUAAAACGUAAUCAGCUAAUAUUAUUCUUUUUUUAAAACUUAAUAAUAUAGCAAAUAUAUGAUAUUCGGAUUAUCUGUAUGAGUGUAGAGCAUUCUAUAGGCUAUAACUAUAACUUAAGGAAGUUAUUUUUAACUACUAUAAUGAAACUCAAUUAGGCUUAGGUAGGCUACUAGUAAGUGGACCAUUAUAUUAAACUAUAAUGAAUAAUAAAGCAUAAUUAGGCCUCGACUAAGACUAAGGGUAGGAGGAUUAUUUUGAACUAUAUAAAUAUGAUAGCCUACAACUCCAUUAUGCUUAGGUACUAGGAGUAGUAGGAAGAUUAUUUUAAACUAUAAUUAAUAUUUUAAACUAUAAUUAAAAUACUUCAUUACGACGUUGUCGGGCUACUUAAGCCUACUAAUUAUCAAGUCUAUUGAAUUGAAAAAAUAACACUGCUUACGCCUACAGUUACAGGCGUCAUUUUGCUUAUCGCAACUACAAUUUAAAAGUAAAAGUAAUAAUUUCCAUACCGUUAUCACACUCUUGACUCUUAUUCAACUUAUUAAGUCUUACGACUUAUGCCUGUGAUGCGUACAGCUUUCUUCAUUGCUGUCAUCAGAAUUAUCUUUAAAUAUUUUUAAUAGAGCAUUGCUGUCAAUUAAAUAUUAAUAGAAAUAAUUCUUCUUUGCCACAUAGUAUGUAACUUUUGGUGCAAUAAAUCUAUUGUUACAUAUAUAAUUACUAAUAUUAUUAUUAUAUUUGUGUAUAGUCUUUGAGUAUAGUUUUAAAAUCAGUAUUUCUUCUUUAAAAUGUAUACUUAUAUAUCCUAGCCACUUAUAAUUGCAGACUUGUCUUUUACGUUGAUGAGCAACAACAACCUUUUCAACUCUGUAAUGAAUUUACAAUUACAUUUAAAAUUACAUUGUGAGCAUUUGUAUGUGUACGCUAUUGCCAAGGUUGCAAUUGUCAGUGUUCGCAAUUUUCCCUGUGCGCUAUAGUCAGUGUACGCAAUUUUCUGAGUGCGCAACUGUCAGUGUGCGCAGUUUUCCUGUGCACAGCUAUGUCUUUUCAGAAUUUUCUGUGCGCGAUUAUUGUGUGCGCUUAUUUCACGGAACCCAUUAGCCCAUCCUACUUUGUUUGGGAAUCCUCUUUUUCAUUUUCAGUAGUGCCAUGUUAACCCAUGGCAGGGCCGCUAAUCUUCAAGCUUCUUUGGACCCCUCACAAAUGUGGCAUUUUUUAUUAUGCAGCAUCUCUGUUGCAUGGAUGAGCGCCUAGGCUGCAGCCUAGUCAACCUUAUGGAUAACCAGGCAUAUUCAUGUGUUCAAAUUUGAAUAACCCCAAAAAGGGGUACUACUUGUCUAAGCAUAAUUCUUGAUGGGUAGACCUCAAUGUUUCCUUCCUCAAAUUAGCUUAAGGCUUCGGGAUGAACUUAGCAACUUAAUUGUAUCCCUUAAAUAUGCAGUAAAACCCGCAGCUUACCUGUGGUCACCCCCUUCCCUUGCGAAGUCUUAACUUAUGAAACUUUUUGGGCCCCUAUUCCCCCCCCCCCCCCACACCCCCACUUUACUUGAAUUCUCAAAAUCUCCUAACCCAAACAGUCCCUACCCCCUCCCACAGUUCUUUGGUAAUGUUUGGAUGACAUCGAAAAUCUUUGUUUGUUUCCUGUGUGAGACUGUUUUCAAUCAUUUAGCUUUGUAUUGUUAGAUUUAAUAAUUGAUAUUUUGUGGUUUGGUACUUUGAUGGUUUUACACUGUAUAUGCAUGGGUAAUUAUGUGUGUAUCCACAGGCAUCGGGUCAGAUGUUAUUAUACAGUAGCUAGUGAAUGAAUAAAACAUGGCUGCUGCCAUAACUUCCUAAACUCAAGACUUUCUUAUUAUUAUUACUAAACACUAGAAGAUAGGCUUAACAACCACCGGCUUAAUAUAUGAUUGAUCAUAUAACUUUCAAAUAUUAUUAAAAUAUAUGAUAGUUCUAUUUAUUGUAAUGCCUUUUCAUUAAUAUUUUAUUUCUCAGCAACCUCUCAAAGCUCCAGCAUCAGUAGCUACUGUUGUGACAGGGGAAGGUGUCUUUCACAAGGUACUUUAAUUUACAUUCAUUUAACUUUUACAUCAAUUUAUUGGCAUUGGAAAUGUUACUUAAACUUCCUAUUUCUAAGUUUUAAAGUUAUUUGCAUUGCAUUUCAAAGAAUUUAAAUCAUUAGAAUUCUUCUUAUAUGAUUUCUUUGCAGGACCAAUAUUAUCAAAUAGGUGAUGUAGUCUCUCUUGUUGACCAUGAUGGAAGUGUUUAUUAUGCACAAUUACGGGGCUUUUUGUCUGAUCAAUAUAAUGAAAAGAGUGCUGUAAUUACAUGGCUUUUACCAACAACUUAUUCACCACCAAAUAGAUUUGAUCCAAACACAUAUAUCCUGGGUAAGUAAAAUUUCUUGUCCAAUUUAUCCAUAUCAAUUUUGUUUAAUAAAACAUCAUAAAUAAUCUUUGAAAAAGUAUCUUUAGUAAAUCUUUUUAUUAUCUAUAUAUUAUAUAUACACUUUUAAUAUUUACCACUAUUAACUGUGCUCAUUUUUUCAAAAAUGUAAAUGGCUAACAGUUCACAUAAAGUAAAAGUACUAGUUUGGCAAUUUUAUAAAUUCAUUUUUAAUUUCAUCAAUAUUUAUGUGACAAAUAUUUUUGAAUACUGGGUAAUAGAAUUUAGAGAAAAGAUUUGUAUCCUAAAACAAAGAUACUCUUGUCAAGUAAACUUAAUAAGUUUAUAAAUCCCAAAUAAGAUGGUUUAAAAAUAUUUAUUUCAUGAUCUUUUUUAUUUACUGUAUUUCAAUGUUUUAUAAUUAAUAUUUUCUUAUUAUUUUUCAUCUUUUUAAAAACAAAAACAUCUUCCUUUUCCCCCAAAAUGAUGUAAUUUUUAGUUUUGAAAAAGUUGUUGUUUCGUCUGUAUGACGGCGGAUGCAUGGCAAUUCUUUCCAAGUACCAGUAAAAUUCAGUUUAUAAAAAUAUAUUGAAAUGCUUAAAACAAAAAUUAUUUUGUAAUAGGUUUAUUAUAAUUAUUUAUUUUUGACUCCAAAAAAUCAUUUCAGAGUUAAAAGUCUGAUAAAGGUCUUAGUUUGUGAAUACUAUUUUCCUCUCCUUAAACUUAUUUCAUUCUUUUACUUCACCCAACAGGUCCAGAAGAAGAUUUGCCAAGAAAAAUGGAAUAUAUGGAGUUUGUUUGCCAUGCACCCUCUGAUUAUUUUCGUGCAAGAGAUGCACCAUACAAAACCGUCAACCCUGAGCCUAAACUUUGUUAUAUCUGGACUUCAAUUGGUCCAUGCAUACAGACAGUUCCCUCUAUAGAUGAAAUCUUUGGAAUCAGUGACACUAAUUUAUUAGAAGGAAGCAGUGGGAGGGGAAAGUUAGAAAGAGACAGAUUAAAAGAUGUUCCAGGUUUUCGGGAGAAAGAUAGGGCAGAAAAGCGUAUAAAAGUGGAAGUAGAUGAUGACUGACGGUGUAUAUAAUAUAUUUAAUAACAGAUCAACUUAAUGCAUGUUACUAGACAUUUACGAGUCAAACAUUUUGUUUUCUGUAAUAUUUUUAGACUCAACCCGUUGUGUUUGUAAAUACUGCCAUAUAUAUAAAUAAAUAUAAAAUAUUGUUUUUAACCUUACUUCACAAGAUAAAAUGAAAAUCCAAAAUUUUAAACACACUA